AUGACCCACAGCGGAGAGAAACCCCACCAUUGUUCCGUUUGCGGGAAGGCCUUCUUGCGAUCCUAUGACCUGAGACGACACCAGGUGGUUCACAAAGGAGAGGUUGCCAGAUCUGACACAGACAUCUCUGAGAAGCACCACCGCUGCUCCGAGUGCGGAAAGAGGUUCCUCACAAAGACGCGGCUGAACAGACAUAAAACCAAGCACGUCUGCCAUCCGUGUGGGAAGACCUUCACCUUGCUACGGCACCUCAAGAUCCACCAGCGAGUCCAUACGGGAGAGAAACCAUACCACUGCUCCAAGUGUGCGGAGAGUUUCGCCCACCUGUUGGAGUAUAGGAAGCACAGACAGACCCACCGUAUCGAGAAGCCAUACCACUGUGAUGACUGUGGCAAGAUGUUCUCCCACUUCAGAACCCUCAAGGUUCAUCGUCUGAUCCACACAGGAGAGAACCUCCACCACUGCUCCUACUGCGGGAAGGGCUUCACGAUCAGAGGGAACCUCAACACCCACCUACUGACCCACACCAAGGAGAAACCGCAUCAGUGCUCCAUCUGCGGACAACGCUUCGCCAGAUCCCAGUGCCUGAAAAAACACAAGCUCAAGAAGUUACACAUGGAAGAGGUCCUCUACCACAUCUGCGACUGCGGUAAGAGCUUCACGGAUGUAGAGAAGCUGCAGACGCAUGCAAGGACGCACUUGAAGAACCUUGAGAAGAGGUUCUGCUGCUCGUACUGCGGUCGGACGUUCGUACGGGCUGGUGACCUUCAAAGCCACCAGAGAACACACACUGGAGAGAAACCGUACGUCUGCACUAUAUGCGGGACCCGUUUCGCCCAGUCUGGGAACCUGAGAGUGCACCAGAUCACGCACACUAAAAGAGAGGCCGUACUCUUGUACUGUCUGUGAUAAGGGGUUCACCACACCGGGGAGUCUGAAGCUACACAUGAGGACACACACAGGGGAGCGGCCUUUCCUGUGUAGCGCAUGUGGGAAAGGGUUCACGGCGUCAGGGCAGCUGAAGAGGCACCAAGAGUGUCACAUGAGAGACACUGUCCAAUCAUCUCCUAGUGAAGACACGGGGGUGGCGGUGGCUUCAAAAUAAAAGUCCUCUCUAAGCGGACUACGAAAUAAGAGUACUGGAAACGUGCCAUUGUGUGUCUGAACUGUGAUCAUGAUGGGAGGUUUUACUGCUUCAUGAUGUCCCUAAUGGGACACCAUUCACAGUGGGCUCUGGUCAAAUGGGACACCAUUCACAGUGGGCUCUGGUCAAAUGGGACACCAUUCACUGUGGGCUCUGGUCAAAUGAGACACCAUUCACUGUGGGCUCUGGUCAAAUGGGACACCAUUCACUGUGGGCUCUGGUCAAAUGGGACACCAUUCACUGUGGGCUCUGGUCAAAUGGGACACCAUUCACUCUGGGCUCUGGUCAAAUGGGACACCAUUCACUCUGGGCUCUGGUCAAAUGGGACACCAUUCACUCUGGGCUCUGGUCAAAUGGGACACCAUUCACUAUGGGCUCUGGUCAAAUGAGACACCAUUCACUCUGGUCAAAAGGACUGCACUAUAAAGGGAGUAGGGACACUAUUCACUCUGGUCAAAAGGACUGCACUAUAAAGGGAGUUGGGACACUAUUCACUCUGGUCAAAAGGACUGCACUAUAAAGGGAGUAGGGACACUGUUCACUCUGGUCAAAAGGACUGCACUAUAAAGGGAGUAGGGACACUAUUCACUCUGGUCAAAAGGACUGCACUAUAAAGGGAGUAGGGACACUAUUCAGGACCUACACUAUUCCUCCCUUUUGCAGAACAUCAGUGGUUUACUCUGUGAGCUCAAAUAUGAGCUUUUUAAAGUGUCAGAGAAUGUGAUGUUUGACAAGAAAUUGUUAUCGGAGUCCUGAAUGACAC